GACUGCCGCUUGUUGAUUGACGGAGAGAUUGGCGGGUGAACCCGGGGGAAAAAAAAACCCCGGGAUCUACCGUAGCUGGCGUGUUUUUGAGGUGCGUGCUCGCCUUGGAGUGGUUCGCCGUCUGCGAUCGGCAGAAAUCCAGGUGUAACAUCAUCAUGGCAUCAUUGGAGAGGGACAAAGGGAAGGAAAAGGACUCAAAUGCCCUGUUUCAGGCCACUAUAGGCAAGGAAGGGAGGACAGCCUGCCAGACAUGCAAACAUGAAAUGUGUGUGAAUCCAUCUGACUCUCCGCAGCACAUGGCAAGCAGUGCCCAUGACAGCAUCACAGAGUCUUCUGGGUCCCAGACUGGCCAAGAACGUAGAGUUUCAGAGGACUGUGGUCUUGGAAACACCAUAUUCAAGAGGAAAGAGGCCUCUCACGCCAGCUCAACAAAGAAGGAGGAGGAAGUAGAUGAGGCAGUAGUGACUAAUGGACCCAACGCAUCUCCAGUCCCAUUUAAGUUUAGUGCGAAUCCCACUUUGGAAGACAUUCGGAGCCUCCAGUCCGCCUUUGCAGCUGAGAGGGGCUGGGGAAAGUACCACCAACCUCGGAAUCUGCUUCUUGCUCUGGUUGGAGAGGUUGGGGAGCUGGCAGAGCUCUUCCAAUGGCGGGAAGAAGCUCCUGAAGGCUUACCAGGGUGGACAUCAUCGGAGCGUGAAGCUCUCAGUGACGAGCUCAGUGAUGUCCUCAUUUAUCUGGUUGCGCUGGCAAACAAAUGCCACGUGGACCUCCCUUCGGCCGCUCUCCGUAAAAUAGAGAAGAACCGCCUCAAAUACCCAGCCAAGCAGGUGUAUGGUUCCUCCAAGAAAUACACAGAGUAUCAGGAAUAAGUAUGGAACACAUCUCUUCCUGGAUGGAGAGAAGAAAAAUCACUCCGUGUCUUCUAGAAGAUGCUCUUUUCAUGAUUUGGGACUUUUUUGGGGAUGAACAGUUCAAAGCGACCUCUUUUUCAUUCUAGACUUUGUGGGAUGGGUCCAUCAAGCUCUAAUUCAAAGAUAGACAAAAGGAGAUCUUUUUUUUUUUGUUCCUUUCCCCUUUGCAUAGUAGAUUUGGGGAACCUCUGACCACCCAGGAAGUGUUGGGCUGCAAUUCCAACACCCUGAGACCAUGUUGGCCGAGAGUCAUUGGAGUUGGGAGUCCAACCACGGUUGGGAAAGCUGCAGGUUCUCCACCCCAAACUUCAAGGGUUGCAGAUGAAUGCACGGGAGUGCAGAGGGAUCUCUUUGGAGGGAGGUAAAACUGAAGUGUCACAUCGGCUGUGGAAAAAAAGGUCAUUUAGAAAGAGAAAUGCAUGUCCCCUUCCUCAUGGAGGUGUAUUCAGCAUAAAAGUGCAAGGAGCUUUUUAUAAACUGCUUUCUGAGUGAGGCCAGAUUCUUCUCUCCAACUUGUGGCUGUAGUUUAGUUUUUAAAGAAAAAUAGGUGGUCACUAUUUUGACAUGAAGAAUUGACAAUCUCUUCCUGACUCCACAUUCUUCCCAAUAGAAUUGCCCUCUCAAGGUGUAGAUUACACUUCAUUUGGUAUUUGGGUCUUAAAAACAAGCAGAGGGCAUUUUUGAGGGGGGAAAAAUGGCGGGAGGCUGAAGAAUGAAGUGGCUGUGCUGGUUUUCCUCCCCAAACUGACAACGUGUCAAGGCUACUGUUGUAAAAUAAUAAA